AGGUGCCGUGCAGUCGUAUCUGGAUGAGGGAAUGUUCAACGGCAGCAUCAGCAGUUACCCCUACUUCGAAUUCAAUGUGCCGCGAAACGUCACCACCGCCGUUGGACAGACCGCCUUCCUGCACUGCAGAGUCGAGCAGUUGGGGGACAAAGCGGUGUCCUGGAUCAGGAAACGAGACUUACACAUCCUGACGGCGGGCAUAUUGACGUACACGUCCGACCAGCGUUUCCAGGUGAUCCGGCCGGAUAAGUCGGACAACUGGACGUUGCAGAUCAAGUUCCCCCAACUAAGGGACUCGGGAGUCUACGAGUGUCAAGUCAACACCGAGCCCAAAAUGUCUCUACCCUUUAGGCUGAACGUCAUCGAAGCAAAAGCCCGUGUGCUGGGUCCGAGCGAUCUGCACGUCAAGGCGGGCAGUUCCGUGACGUUGACCUGCGUCAUAAAUCAAGGACCGCACGAUCUGGGCACCGUGUUCUGGUACAAAGGUGACGAUAUGUUGCAGACAAGUCAACCGCACAUUAAUGACGCCGAUAGCUCGCCCCGGCUCACUAUACAGAACCAAUGGACGGACGGUCUUACAUCUCGCCUACAUAUAUCCAGUGUUCAUUUGUCGGAUUCUGGAAAUUAUUCGUGUGUACCGACCAUCGCUGCCACGGCCAGUGUCAAUGUACACGUUAUUAAUGGGGAACAUCCGGCAGCAAUGCAACACGGAAACAAAAACACGGCGCCUCUUCUGUCACUUCACUGCACCCUUGUAUAUAGCAUCUCGAUCGUGAUCAUAAGGCAUCUAAGAUGAAAUAACUUACUGUAAAUAAAAGGGACUGUCAACCAAUGAAAAAUAAAAAAAAAUAUUUUGUAAUUGGAGCGGCCCAGCAUAAACUUACCAGGAAAAUAAUAAUAAAUAAACUAAGCCCUAACACACCCAUAAAAAUUUCCAUUUUCUCAUUACAGAUCUCCUGUUUACCUUCCCCCCUUUCUCCCAUAUAACUGUGUAUAAAACAUAUCUUUACGUUGUGUGUUACUUGGGGUGGGGCGAGAUACCUCUACGAGUUUUUUUUUUAAUUUUAGGUCGAUAAUGUGGAAAAUAUAUCGAACAGUUUUUAGUUUAGAAGAUAUGACCGUUUGAAAAUUGUUUAAAAGUUUUCUAUUU